AUGGCCCCUCCUCUACCACCCGCUCGGACUCAGGCUCAUGUCUACUUGAGGCCGCGAUGCGGUAUAUGUGGUGUUUUUAUCAAGAUUGGCGAGCGCUUCGUGGCAAUAAUUGGAAACACUGACUCGAGCGCUCCGCUUUACCGCACCCAAAGCUUGCCCUUCACAGACCACGCCCAGUUUGUGGACGAUGUUUGUCUAUGUCGCCCGCAUCCUUGUCCAUUUUGUGAGAGCUCGACUGAAAGUGUCCCGAUUCACCCAGAUUGCCUCGGACUGUUUCUGCGAGAUUGCCAGCAACCUGAUGCUUGGAAUCGACUUUGGAUUUUGGCUGCUUGGCAAACUCCGUGGCAAACACCAUGGAACGGCUCAAGGUAUCUUCAGUUCCAUCUAGAGCCAGAAGAUAUCUCAACAUCUAGCUUGACGGUUGCGCAAGUACUUAACUUUCCUGAACUGACUCUACUUCCCUCCGAGAUUAUCCAAACGAUCCGGUUGUACUCAGUUGAUAGCCCCUUAUGGCGGUUGCGUACUGCUCAAGCACUUGCCUUGCUAGCCUUCCAAGAUGACUCUCAGGAUUCGAUGACUAUCAGUCUGACCGAAAUCGUAUCUUGGACAAGAGGAAGGAGGCUCACGACUACCAAGGUCUUGCCACAGCCGCCUAUCAUCCGUUUUACACUAGAUGCUCUUGGAAUACAACGAAUCGAAAGACUAUCGUCCUAUUCGAAUUACACGGAUAAGCAGUCUAGUUCAGAAUCGAGACUUUUCGCAUUUGUUGACGAACGAUUUCUCCAGUAUCGCUACAAAGAUUUAGGGGGGAGUGAUGCAUGGGAAGCUACAGACUUGAGUCCUGCUAUUAUUCACUUCAAAUUUGGCCGUGCUCGCUUCCAGUUUGACAAUGAAAUGCACUAUCCUUGGCUAUGGAAUACUCCAUCCCCGGCCAUACAGACCAUCUCUGUACACCCAGGUACCACUACCUCAAGUGACAGGAAGACUGAGGAUGUGGUGGCAGUCUUUCAAACCACCAAAAAAGAACCACUCGGCGAAUCCACCUCUUGUGCUCUUAGAUCAGCAUUUGGCAGCUUCUAUGAGAGACUACCUGAAGCAGCAAUAGCAUCUCUACGGCCUAGUGAUUAUAGAUUACACAUAUACACGCUUCCAAUCAUUGUGUGCACUUCGCAACUCCGGACCAUCUCACUAGACCAUGUUACGGGCCUCACUUUCUUUUACAUGUCAAAUCAGAUGUAUGGAGUUCAUGGCCAUACUAUAUCAGAGCCUUCAGCCGUCCGCAGUUUAGAACGGUUACCAAGGAAUAUUCGAAACAAAGUUACAUGGGUGCAUUUGCCCAUCCCACCCGACGAACACAUGAUGGGUAUGGGCCAAGUGGACCAGUAUGCUCUUAUGAUGGAUUGCACUUUCAUGAUUCGCAUGAAACUCGCUGGUGAUAUCGUCGUCGGUCCUGCACAGUUUCAUCGUGCUGACACGUACUCGAUCCUGGAUUCACCUCCUGCGGCCCUUGUGUUUCGUGAUGGCGUAGACCAUCAUGUUACAUAUUUCGGCGUCAUCGUUCGGAAUGAUUCUACCGCGGACAGGGUUGCUCUCAUACCCAGUCCUCGUGUCACCACCCCAUCGAGGAACCUUCUCUUUUCAACAGCUCCGUUAGAAGAUGUAACGAAAGUCGACAUAUACACAUCUCAAUACACAGGUUUAUGUGUCGGAAUUCUCCUGCACUAUCAGAGCAGGGGUCAAAGAGCAUUAGGCCAGUGUCGCUUGGGGGUCGAUGCCGUCGAGACACAUCUCCAACCAAAUCAGAUAUGUGUGAAACGUAUAAGAUUUGCAGAUCUUCGCUCGGGAGAAAUAAAGGAAAGUGCCGCGAUUGAUUGCACGACGGAGCGGUCACAUGAACACGGUGAUGAAGGCUGGGUAUGCUAUGCUCUUCAAGGUAGCUUUGAGGUCUGUUUUGAUAAUGCGGAGUUCCAAGUUACUCAUGCUGAGGCUCCAUUGCCGUGA